AUGAUGGAGCCUCCUCACAGCAGCCUGAACAGUCCGACUGUGGAGCCGAGUCUGCAGCUGUGUGAGCGGGAAGGCUCAGAGUCUGCAGACAGCGGCAUCGGGGACGUGGACGACCUGCCAGUCCCGCAGCAGAUCCGGAUCAGUAACAUCACCUGUGAUUCCUUCAGGAUCAGCUGGGACAUGGACGGCAGAGGUCGAGAGAGGAUCACGCACUACUUCAUCGACCUCAACAAGAAGGAGAACAAGAAAGAAAACAAGUUCAAACACAAGGAUGUGCCAACGAAGUUGGUGGCGAAGGCGGUGCCGCUGCCGAUGACGGUGAGAGGUCACUGGUUCCUGAGCCCUCGUACAGAGUACACGGUGGCUGUCCAGACAGCCGCCAAACAGCUGGAUGGAGACUACAGCGUUUCUCGUUGGAGCGAGAUCAUCGAGUUCUGCACCGCAGAUUACUCCACCGUCCAUCUGAACCAGCUGCUGCAGAAAGCCGAGGCCAUCGCCGGCAGGAUGCUGCCGUUCGCCGUCUUCUACAGAAACCAGCAGAGGGAGUACUUCCAACAAGCCAGCCCCUCUUAUCGUUCCAGAGACGCUCAGUGCCGCCGAAUGCUGCCGGCAGUUAAAGACAACAGCGGCAGCCACGGGUCGCCCAUCAGCGGCAAACUGGAGGGGAUCUUCUUCAGCUGCAACACAGAGUUCAACACAGGAAAACCCCCCCAGGACUCCCCUUAUGGACCCUACCGCUUCCAGAUCGAAGCAGAUGUCCUCUUCAACCAGAACACCAAUAUCUACUUUGGGGAUUUUUACUGCAUGUACACGUCCUACCACUAUGUCAUCCUGGUCCUGGCUCCUGACGGCUCCAAAGGGGACGUCUUCUGCAAAGGGAGGCUGCCGGCCUUGGACAAAUCCAACAACUACUUCCUGACCUGCACCGAGGAGGACGACGGCUCGCUGUCUUUCCGUCACGCUCAAGACGUCAUCCUGGAGGUGAUGUACACGGAGCCGGUGGAUCUGUCUUUGGGAACCGUAUCACAGAUCAGUGGCCAUCAGCUCAUGAGUCUGUCCACCCUCAAUGCCAAGAAAGACCCCAGCUGCAAGACCUGCAACAUCAGCGUGGGACGCUAACGGGAUCUUUAGUCUGGACAAUCAGCUAACCUGCUUGUAGCCAGUAGUAGCUAACGGGCAGCUAACUAAAUUCAACAUCCACCCUCUGUGGAAUGAGCAGCUAGCUAACAGGCAAAGCUAAAUCCACUCUUUAACACAUACACAGUCAGUUUAUUAUCCACCAGCUGACUCUGGUACUGUGCCACAGAACCACGGUUACGUAUGUAACUGAAAGACAAAGAGAGCUGAAGCGAAAACACAACUUUAGGGUAAAAUGACCUGAAGAAACUUCAUUCAAAAUAACAACAACAUCUGAAAUCACACAACUGUUUCACAGUCCAACACAACUGUACUCAGUGUUUCACACCUGAACGUCCCGGAGUCGGUGUGACGGGACAGACAUGUACUCCAAAUGUUUCCUGAACAUUCAGUAAAAGAAAAACAAUUCAUAUGAACUACAUGAAC